CCACCAGGCUGGCCCUGGUGUUUGCUGCUUCGUGAAAUUUGUUUCGAUGUACACGCUGCAUAGUUGUGCUUGGUUGUGACUGUGACAUUCUGCGCCGGUGAUCUCGACGCGUUCUCAAGACGUAAAAACAACAGGGAUAGCAGAAAGCGACCAUCGCAGCAUGUCCAACAUGAACCCUCCGCACGCGUAUCCGCAGCAGAUCCCGCCACGCCGGCCGGAACACCCAUCUAGUAGCCGAUCGCGGGGAACAAGUGCGCCUGGUCAAAGAACCAGAGCCGAAACGCAGUACCGCCCACCGCUGCCAGCUAAUCGACCUACCAUUCGAUCAAGGUAUACCUCGCCAGAAGAUGCACCAAAGACUGCUGUGCCGCCUGUCCCGCUCCAGCGUUCGAGUGCCUCCUCGGGACGCGUCUACAGCUCCUCGACGAGACCUUUUGAUAGGAGCCGGAGUCCGGUUAUGACACUCCGCAUAUUGUCGCAUAACAGAGAAGGGCAUCGAGACAAGAAGACUCAGGAAGACCAAGAGAACCGGCUGGUCCAUGACUCCUGGGAGUUUCCCGUUCCGCCUCGGGGUCUCGUGCGAUCUGGGAACGUCAAGCAGACCUCUCCUAAGCGAAGACGUCUGCCACUGAGAGACUCGAUCCUCUUGAAGCGCAAAGACUCAUCUGACUCCUCAAAAGCUGGAGUAGAGACGUCAGCUAGUACGCCUCGUAAGGCACCGCCAUCUUCGGAACCACAGACGCCAUCUAGGCCUACGCACUCUAUGAGCAUGCCAGCCACCCCGUCAAGAGGGAGGAUGCCGGAUCUGCCUAGACUUGGAGCCCGUCCCAAAAAUCAACAGCUGGGUGAAAGCCACUCACAGAAUCAACCUGCACGCCUACCGCCAAGAGAUUCCAACCUGGAAAGCUACCGCAAAGCUAUCAAGGCGUCGAAUGAUGCUUUGCCAGAUGGUGAGAAGCCGUUGGUGUCUCGCAUCUGUUCCAUGAUCUUGGAUGAGGAAUUUGGCGCUGGCGCCGACAGAUCCUCGACUCCCCUUAAAGUUUGGGACACCGUGGUAAGAUGCCUCGACGACAUCUCUCGCCUUGCAAAAACAGGAAGCUCCAGCACUGGUGAUGGGGGGCCCUCUGAGGCCCGUCUGGCUCUGGAAUCAAAGUCGCUCCAGGAGACGGCAGUGAGAGCGGGUGGUCAGAUCAAGAUUGCCGAGCGAGACGACCGCAACACGCACUCUUCCAAGCGAGACUCAAGGUCCAGCGGAGGUUCGUCAAUUGUCGACUACUAUUCCUCGAAUUAUCAAAGAGUGAGCAGUGGCCAAGUUGAGAUGAUGCCAUGCCCUUAUAGGCUGCGCAACCCGGCUCGAUUCAACGUCAAUGACAAGUGGCAAUGCGUUAACGGGAGAUGGAAAAGCUUCGCAGAGUUGCAAAAGCAUAUCGCAAAGGACCAUAAGCGUUGCGGCGAUGCCCAUCUCUUUCAGUGCCCACGAUGCGAGGAUGGGUUUGCGGAGCCCAACGCCUUCAGGAAACACUUGAUGCUCCCACGAGAGCAAAUGUGUGAACCAAAAUCGGACGAUGACGCUGGAUGGAUCGACCCCGAAGACGGUCUCAGCAGUACCAAGACCCAGAAACUUUCAGAACAGAUAGGGAAUGAGGCUUUUAGUUCCUGGGACGAGCUCUGGAGGUGGCUAUUUCCGCUGGACAGAGUGGUACCGAAGCCUGGUGAGUACUUUCAUAUCCAAGAAUGCAAACAUGUUCGCUUACAGACAUUAGUUGCUCUACCCGCCGUGGAGCUGCCACUGGUAGAACAGGAAGUCUUUGCUGCCGGCAACAUGUCGAACCUGAAGGCUAGCCUGGAGGAACGUCUUCGAUUCCUCGCCUCGCAAUCGGCCGACAGCGCCUCAUUUUCUGCGCAGAUACCCGUCAUCACUGCGUCCCUAUCACUUGAUGUUGAAGCUCAUCUCAGAAGCGUAUUCAUCUCAUGCCGUAAUCAGCCGCCUGUUCACACCGGGAAGUCAUCAGGGUCAUUAGAUGCCACGACUGGCCGACCGCGGAACCUGUCGUCUGCGUCCAACUCUAGCACAAGGAGUUUCCAACGGUUCCUCGGCCCUACCAUUGCCGUGAACGAUACCAAGGGUGCCGCAUGGGACGGUCACAGCCUUGAACGUCAACGUCAGCGCCCGAGAAGCAACAGCGAUGAAGCGAGGCGCCAAAAACUGACGCGGGCCGCGACGCUUCCCGUCCCGACGAUGCUGACGAUACCGUUCCCGCGCAUAUCAGCCUUGACAGAGCACUCUGACGUGGGCCCCAGCCCAGUCUCGGAACACGGCGCCUCUCCAAGAGCCCAUUCGGACGCCGAAUAUUCGUCGGGGGUCGAGUCUACGCCGAGCAGCGCCGGCGGCCACCGGGAAUCUAGCAACAGCAACACGACAGCAGAUAUCCGGUGCAGCAAGUGCAACAUGAGAGAAAGCCUCCAACCGGGCAAGGGCAUCUUCUCAGACAAGGGCCGCCUCAGUGGUUCCUCGGCAGCAGCGCGGGGGACACUGAAGUCGACGUGCAGGUUCUCCGAUUCUGGAAUCGGGAUCCUCUGCAAUAGCUGCCGGAUGCUCGAGGAGCUGAUUAAUUCGUACUCACGGGCUUCAUCGCAGGCGUCGGCCAAAUCUGAGCGACUGAGCCUGCCGGUGGCUGGUGGCGGCGGCGGUGGUGGUCCUACAGCUACCGCGAGGAGUACUGCCACGAGCACGACCACCAACACGAGCUUGAACACGGCCCCGAUGACGGCGCCGCCCUAUUCGCCGAAUCCUUCGGUUUCGGUAGACGAGAGUGAAGAGGAGACGCUGUUUGACUUGAUCCUCGACUCGGCGACGUAUUUGGACCAGGACGGGCAGCGUAAGACGGAGAUAGUGUCGCCCAUGUUUCCACCGCCGCAGGUUGGAUUUUCAGAGUAUGAUCGAUACGGAGGGCACGGCAAUAAUUGGUUUUGACUGCAUGCUGUUUUGUUCUAUUUCCUGAUGGGAUGUUUCUUUUGUUAUACUUUGGGUUUGGGAAGAGGAAAUGAAGCGGUGUUUGGCGUUUGGGCGCUAGCGUCGCGCACUGCGUUCGGUUUC